AUGGACCGUUUAAAGUUGAAUACCAAAGCGCUACUUGGGAUGGCGACGCGCACCGUUGAUCAGGAUCAUGGAAUGCGACAUACAUGUGUCAAGGCGCUUUAUCAAUCAGUUCUUCAGUAUGAAUGGGCAAUGUCUAAGUUUGUUACAGCUUUGUCAGCGUUAUCGGACCCCUUGGAAGGUGUGGAAAAUGCCUAUAAAAGCGUCAUUUCCAAUGAAAAGCAGGUUCCUGUUUUUGAUGCCCUGAAGGAGGUAACAAGUCAUUUGGAAAACUGUCGUGUAACUGUUAUUCCAGAUUCCGUUGAGACAUUGAAGGCCGAGGUUGCGCCGUCCCUGUCCUCACUGAAGACGUAUUAUGACGUCUGUGAACGCCUUCAUAAUGAAAGAGCCAAAGCUGUUGAUUUGUAUGAUUAUCAUCGGGAUGUCGUUGAAAAAAAAGAAGUCCACUAUGCGUCAAAGGGAAAACUUCUUGAGGAUUCAAAACACUACAAAGAAGAAAUAAUCAGGCGUGAUGCCGCGCAUGAUGCCUACCUUGCAAAGCACACUGAGUACAACAAGGCGUACGAUGAAAUCAUGUGCAAAAAAUCUGAGCUUACCUCUCUUUCCGGUAAGCUAUUUCUUCAUGAGCUAUUGAGGCUUGUGGAAACUCUCAAAAAGGAGACUUCUUGCAUGUGUGAUAUCGUUGACAAUAUUCCUUUGAAGCUGGUGGCAUAUGAAGAAGGUUCAGUUCCACUUGCCAAGGAGCCACCUACUGCGACGAAUGCUGUGCAUGAUGCCCCCAACGGGGCGCCUAGGGAGGCCAACGAUGUGGACACUGCAGUGACACAAGAGCGUAUGCAUGAACAACGGCCUGCUACAAGUUGUGAAGGAUCAAAAAAUAAUGGAGGCAGUACUCCUGAGCCCGUGGAGAGAUAG